AAGACGGAGCAGGAAUUCCGUCUAUGUGACGAUGACAGCGUCACAAACUUCCACCGCCAGGGUAUAUGGGCACCGCGGGUUUGAGCCGACCUGUUGCUCGGUGACCAACGGCGACCUCCGUGCUUAAAUUUUAUAGCUGCCUUGAGACUAACUUUGGCUUUUUUGUUCUUUUUUUUUUUUUUUUUUUGUAUUCACGCCAUGGCGGAAGUACGUCUUUGUUCAAGCUAAGGCGCUCACUUGGAUGCUUCGAGUUGGACCGGUGCCUUUGUCUUAACAAAACAAACAGCAACAAAAACAUUAAGUUGUUGAACUUUAUUGGCGAAUGAUGGAUUCUUUGGACGAGCUGUCCCACGGACUGGCCAACUUGUCCAUGUUUCCCUUCUUUGACAUGGCGCACUACAUCACGUCCGUCAUGGCUCUGAGGGAGCAGCCAGGAGCUCUGGAAGUGUCCCGCGUGAGCCCGUUGGCCUGUUGGUUCAGUUCCAUGCUGUACUGCUUCGGUGGCGCCGUGCUGUCCGGCAUCAUGCUGGCCGAACCGCCCGUGGCGCCGCUGUCCAACAGCACCAGUGUUCUGCUCGCCUCGCUCCUCUGGUACCUCGUGUUCUACUGCCCCCUGGACCUGGUGUACGGCUGCGCAGCCCUGCUCCCUCUGCGCUUGGUUCUGUCGGGAAUGAAGGAAGUGACGCGCACGUGGAAAGUGCUGGGUGGAGUCACGCAGGCGCAUAGCAAAUACAAGGACGGACUGCUGGUCAUGAUCGCCAUUGGCUGGGCCAGAGGAGCUGGAGGAGGUCUGAUUAGUAACUUUGAGGAGCUCGUCCGAGGCGUGUGGAAACCGGAAACCAACGAGCUCCUCAAAAUGUCCUACCCCACCAAGGUGACGCUGAUCGGGGCGGUGCUGUUCGCUCUGCAGCAGACUCGCUACCUGCCUCUGCACACGCACCACCUGAUGCUCAUCUACACCACCUUCACUGUUGUCAACAAGACGAGGAUGAUGCUGACAGGCUCCGCAACGUCGCCUUUCGCCCCCAUCGAGUCGGUGCUCCACAAGACGCUCUUCGCCGGCUUCUCUCCGUAUGCCGCCCUCACCGCUGGGCCAACAAAUAACUGCGCUGCUAGCGCGCCAACACAUAACAGCGCUGCUGGCGCGCCGACCAAAGAGCCCCUCGAGCCUCCCGCCAACGGAGCGUCGAGCGGGUCCCUCCGAGCCAAAAACACGUCGGCGAAGAAGAGCGACUGACAAAGCCUUUUCCGUUGAGCCAUCAGAAACGUUAGUAAACAUGGCUGCCUUGGUGGAAUGUCUUUCUUAAGUGAACUCCAAUCAUGCCUACACUUUGUUUUGGAGCGCUCAGCCCGUCCUUAAUGUACUGUGAUGUUAUCAGCCCAUUGCACACUUGCAGCAAAAUCUGUCUUAAUUUAAAAUAUAUGUAUUUAUGAUAGUAUAUUGAGAAGUUAUGGUUUCAUCUCUGGGUUUUGGGAUCAAUGCUGAGCACCUGAAUGGCUUUUUGUGUUUUCUGCCGCUUCCUACAAAUGCUAUUUCUCCUACACUGCAAACAGGUAUGAUUGUUUUUUUUAAAUUUUAUUUUAUUCUAUGAUAAUUAUAUUCUAUAUUGUAAUUAAUUUAUUCAAAAAGAUCAUUGCACUUUUGAAAAUGGAGAAAAGCUUUUUGAUGAAUGAAUUGUAAGGGGGAACCCAUUAAAUAAAAUUUCAACUGAAACACA